AGAAAGCCCAAUCUGAAAAGCCCAGCACUUCCUUCUUCUUCUUCCAAACAGUUUCCUCUUGCAAUAUCAACCGUCCAUCACCAACUCUGAAACCCAAACCCAAAACUUUCUUCAAACCCCAUCUCAGAACAACCCCAAUGUUUUCCACCACUAUCACAAAUGGAAGAAUCCCCUCAAAACCCCACUUUCCACAACACUUCCAAAUCCGUUGCGGAAUACGCGAAAUCCGCGACCGAAUCAACAGCGUCAAAACAACUCAAAAAAUCACCGAAGCUAUGAAACUCGUCGCCGCCGCCAGAGUCCGUCGCGCACAAGAAGCCGUUAUCAACUCCCGCCCCUUCUCCGAAGCCUUCGCCGAAACUCUCCAUUCGAUCAACCAAUCCCUCCAAAACGACGACGUUGUCGUCCCUUUAACCGCCGUCCGCCCCGUUAAAACCGUCGCACUCAUCGUCAUCACCGGUGACCGUGGCUUAUGUGGCGGAUUCAACAACUCCGUCGCUAAAAAAGCCGAAGCCCGUGUCAUGGAAUUGAAGAAUCUUGGUAUCAAUUGUGUUGUUAUUAGUGUUGGAAAAAAGGGUAGUUCUUAUUUUAACCGUAGUGGUUUUGUUGAGGUUGAUAGGUUUAUAGACAAUGUCGGUUUUCCUACGACAAAAGAUGCACAAAUUAUUGCUGAUGAUGUUUUUUCGCUGUUUGUCACUGAGGAAGUUGAUAAAGUUGAACUUGUUUAUACAAAGUUUGUUUCUUUAGUUAGGUUUAAUCCAGUGAUUCAAACGUUGUUGCCUUUAUCGAAAAAAGGCGAAGUUUUUGAUGUGAAUGGGAAUAGUGUUGAUGUUUUGGAAGAUGAGUUUUUUAGGUUAACUUCAAAAGAUGGAAAAUUGGCUUUGAAGAGAGAUGUGAAAAAGAAGAAAAUGAAAGAUGGGUUUGUUCCGGUUAUGGAAUUCGAGCAAGAUCCUGCUCAGAUUCUUGAUGCAAUGAUGCCACUUUAUUUGAAUAGUCAAGUUUUGAAGGCAUUGCAAGAAUCAUUGGCUAGUGAACUUGCUGCAAGAAUGGGUGCUAUGUCGAAUGCUACGGAUAAUGCUGUUGAGUUGACGAAGGAGCUUUCAGUUGCUUAUAAUAGGGAAAGACAAGCUAAAAUUACUGGUGAGAUUUUGGAGAUUGUUGCCGGAGCUGAAGCAUUAAGACCAAUUGAUUGAUUCAUUUGAUUUUUCAGCAUUGCAUUGUUGAGAAAUGCUGAAAUUUUGAUUGUUUUUGUUGUUAAUAUGCACAACAUAUGGGAUUAUAUAGUUUCCUAACUUCACUUAUAGGUUAUGUAUGAAAAUUUGAUGAAGAAAUACAGAAUGUAGGUGGGGGAUUUUGACCCCUAAUUCAUAUAGUUGUUGUGAUUCAAGGAAAGAGAGU